AUGUCAGGCAUCGAGGUAGUCGGUCUAGUCUCUGGUAUUCUCACAAUUCUUGAGACCAUCGGCAAGCUUUCCGAUGCCCUCAAAAAUGCCAAGGACCUACCACCAGCAUUUCAUGAAGUGGCCGACAAGUUGCCCAUCGUUCGAGAAAUCCUCCAAGCUGUCGAAAAGCACCUGAGCAUUUCCGCCGAUCAAGUGACGAACGAGGCCAUAAAGGCGGUUCUGAAACAUUGUAGAGAAAAGGCUGAGAAGUUGGAGAAAUUAUUUAAGGCUGUUGAGCCCUCUGAAGAUUCAUCCAGUUUCAGGCGUUAUGCCUUGGCGGUGCGGUCUCUAGGCAAGGGACACCGUGUGGAGGUCUUAUCUCAAGGGAUGAUGGAGGAUGUGAAACUCUUGGUACAAAACCAUGCAGCCCAAGCAGCCACUGAGGUACAGGUUGCGAAGCUCUCCGAGGCCAUUCGGGUUAUGUCUAGCAUGGAGAGCUCACUAACAGAGGAGGAAGCUAUCAGCCAGACACAUUAUGGAUCUGGAGAUAAUGUCGCUGGGAAUAAGUACGCCGGGAAUCAUAACGAAAACAGCGGUUCUGGUACUGCUUACUUUGCCCCAGUUACACAGCAUGUCCUCUCCCGACCACGCAGAAAGCCGAGUCUGUCGAAGCUCCUCCUCAGAUCGCUUUUAUUCAAAGAAAUGAAUACUCGCCCGACAGAGAUUAAGACUGAAGCCGCCGGUACAUGCCAUUGGAUUUUCCAACACAAAAUCUACCAGACAUGGGAAUCCCGCGAUCGAUCUCUAUUGUGGAUUAAAGGGAAGCCGGGUUCUGGGAAGUCGACGUUGUUACGAUAUGUCCUUGACAAUACCAUAGCAUCGAAAAGCAGGAAAGAGAUGCCUCUGGUCCUUUCCUUCUUUUUCAAUGGCCGUGGUACCGAGCUCCAAAAAACGCCAGAUGGCCUCUAUCGCUCGCUCCUCUGCCAGUUGCAAAGCAAGAUUCCUGGGGCACUGGAGGCCAUGGAAAUAACAUUCAAGCAGAGAUAUAUUCCACUGGACACGUCUGGCGAGCGUUGGGAAUGGAAUACCUCUGAGCUCCGUCACUAUACCCGCACCGCAUUUUGGAAGACUUUGGAAACUCAUCCCAUAAUAUUAUUCGUUGAUGCGCUAGACGAAUGCGGUCAAAAGAACGCAGAGGAAUUGGCAGACGAGUUCAAUUCUCUACUUCACAGACCCUUAUGGGACCGCCUAAAGUAUUUUCGUAUCUGCUUCACCUGUCGUCACUAUCCUAUUCUCAACCUCAAUUGUGCAUUCAGGAUAUGCAUUGACACAGAGAACGCGAAAGACAUAUCUCUCUUUGUUGAGAAUAAACUGAGUUCAUUCCAGGAACAGACAGGAUCUAAGAUUGCUGAGUAUGUCUCGAAGCACGCCGAAGGUGUAUUUCUAUGGGCGAGUCUGGUCGUGACCAGAGUCUUGAGCCUCUACCAAGGGCAGAUAGGCAUACUACAGAUCGAGUCUGAAAUCCGCCAGAUUCCCCAGACCUUGGAGAAACUCUAUAGUGAAAUCCUGAAUAGGGUUGAACAGGACUCCAUCGACUUUAUCGAAUGCAUUUGCUUUGCUGCAAGGCCUUUAACUCUGUUUGAGUUAUAUAGGGCUGUGUCUCUAGCUCGCCAGAAGUUUGAACCGUUACUACGAUCCAAAAAUGAGGAGGAAUUUCGAAUCCACACCGCUGCCAUGAAGUGGAGAAUUACAACGCUCGGGCGCGGACUGAUCGAGUAUAAGCCCACUGAGGGGGUCGUUCAAUUCAUUCACCAGUCUGUGAAGGACUUUUUCGUCCAUAAGGGACUCCCAUCUCUCCAUAAAAGCACUGAUACAAAACAAACAGCCAUAUCAGCACACUAUCGAUUGACUCAGAUCUGCGUUCGAUACCUAGAGUGGGUACACGCUCACCUGACAGUAAAUGAAGAUCAAUGGAGAAAACACAAUUGGGAGUCAAAAUUCCCCUUUCUGUCAUAUGCGAAAUGUUGGUGGAAAUUUCAUGCAAAUCACAUUCCGGAAAAUCUUCAGGAAUCAUUCUGUUGGCCCUCGGAUGCAUCUCUGGGCCGCUUGGGUCGAACCAUUCUGAAAUUUGAGAAUUGGACCAUAUAUUGGUCGAAUGACCCAAAAGAGACAGGAAUGCUCCACAUAAUAUCGCAGAAAGGAUGGAUAGGAGCCUUGAGGGGUAUUUUAACGAGAGCAGAUGAAGUUGGCGUCAAAAUCGACUUGGAAGUAGAAGACCGUGUGGGUAACACACCGCUUGCUGUUGCAGCAAGAUCUGGUCACAGGGCUGUCGUGAAAAGCCUUUUGGACAAUGGCGCCAAACCAGACCAGAAAAAUCUGCUUGGGAAGUCGCCGCUUCAUUAUGCUGUGCAGUGUGGUGAUACAGGUAUCAUAAAUCUAUUUCUGGAAACUGGCGCCUGGCGAGAUAAGGAUCAUUUGGAUAUGAAUGGUUAUACACCACUUUCUUAUGCUAUAGAGAAAGGCAAUAUCGCAGCCAUCGAGCUUUUGCUCAAAAGAGGCUCCCGAGUUGACCAUAACUACAUUGUAGACGGAAGGUACCCAUUCUUUUUGACAAAAUGGCUGUACUUUGUUGCAAAUGUUCUUUUUCCGAUUUACUAUGUGCUUCUUAUGGUAAUGUGUUUUCUGGAAAGUUUUAAAUUAGGGCUUGUGAUGUUUUUGGUUAUGGCGGUCUUCGGGCCGGGAGCGUAUAUGUCAGGGAGAAAGGCUAUAGUGAGCUGGAGAACCCCGCUAUCUCAUGCUGCCGACUUAGGCAACCAGGCAGCUGUUCGUCUCCUACUCAAGUAUAACGCUCGGCCAGAAGACAAGGAUAAAGAUGGCGAGACACCUCUAUCUCGAGCUGAGAAGAACGAUAGAAAAGAGGUCAUACAAAUCCUUCGCGAAAGUAUGGGCCAAGGGCAACGCUCGGAGGUUUCGCAAGAAGUCUGUUGA